AUGGCUAAACGAGAACGAUUAUUUGGCGAAAAGUUUAUAAACUUCGGCACAACACAAAUGGAAGGCAUAACCGACAACAAUAUCUACACCUUUGACCAAAUCUACAACAACUACCUGUCCUUUAUGAAAGAGCACUUCAAUAACUACAUCCGAGACAUACGAGUGGAACAGGAGUUGAUAGACAGGCACCGGGAGGCCACCGACAAGUGCCUGUCCUAUCUCAUUGAGAAGGACUACAGGGCCGACGUGGAGACCAAACUGAGCCACGACUUCGAGCUAUUCAUUGAAUACUGCAAUCACUAUAAGAAAUGUUUUCAACACUUUCUGGAACGCCUCACAAAUUACUUGCAAACAGCGGACAACUACUGGGACAGGGAGGCACUGGUCAGGGAGUGCGGGAAACUCAUACCGGAGGUGUACAUGGCUUUCGACCAGAAUAUACCCUACUUUGACGCCCAAAAUGAGCAUGCUCAGAUUGCCGAUGACUACUUCCGGGUGUUUGGCUACGACUUCCGGCAACUAUUGACACAACAUAUCGAGCAACACAUCCGCAGGUUUGAGGUGAACGUCGAGCGCCUGUACGCGGGGGUCAGGAAGUACGGGCCGGACCUGCAGUCAGAAUACCGGCGCCAGUCGUGUGCGCGCCGGUGGUUGAACUCCAGCAACGAGUGGCUCCACUCGGAUAAUAAGGUGUAUUUCCUGGCCCAUAGGGAACUGGAGGACAGGUGUGCCGAGUAUUGGCAUAAGUUUGGCGAUAUCUUUGAGCGUAAACUCAAUUCCGACACCAAAUUGGUUUUGAAUGAAGAAUAUUCCGAUUCUAGACGUAAUGAAAAUUUUGUAGCAGGGAUCAUUAUGUUGGCCGGUGUGGUGGGGGCUGGCGUCUCACUGGCACUGGGUGACCAUGUUACCUGUUUGAUCAUGGGGGUUGUGGCCUUGUUGGCGGUGCUUUAUUUUAUUACUAGAAAGUGUGUUAAGCCUAAGGACUUACGGGCCGUACUUCAUGGACAUGGGAUGGCUGUUGAAAUUGAGUGA